AUUAAUCGUACUGUUGAAAUCGCAGAUGAAAUAAGACUUACCAAUCGAAUCAGUGCUUGAUACUAUGGAUUAUGGCGACAAAAUCAAGUGCAUCUCGGGAUUGGUUGCCACCUUAGAUCAAAUGAAAUCCAAUUAGGUGCACAAGACUUAUUUGAUUAAGAAGAUCACAGAGCUUCGUCUUGUUUCUAAGAUCAUCAAUGAUUUGCUCUGUCAAGAAGAACUCAUUCAUAGUCCAAAGAGACAACAGAGCAAGAUCAAGAAGAGUCGAAUCAUCUUUGACCAGCAAGUUGAUCUCAUGCUCUUGAAGGGCUCCAUUGCCAAAUUGGAACAAUCCAUCAAAGACGGUUUUAAGUUACAUCAGGAAAUCCAUCCCAAAUUUCAAUAGAUAUAGUCUCAAAACCUGGAGAAUAAGGAUGAUGAUCAAUUUGAGCAUUUGGAUAUUAUGAGAGUGGUGCAAAUCUACCAAAGUGAGAUGGAAUAUGUCAAUGAGUAUUUCAAUAGGAUAGAAAACAAUCCCAAUAAUGCAAAUAGUCACUCCUUGGAUAUCCUUAAUCAAUCAUAUUAGGAAAUGCUACUUGAUGACAAUAUCAUCAUCAUCACACAAUAUUUCAAAAAUUUGAAUCAGCUGAUCGAGAAUCUUGAAAAUUUGAAAUAAAAACUCAUUUAAUAUGAGGAAUUCGAGUCACAAUCCACUAAUUUUGAAAACUCAAGGAAUUCAUCAACCAAUGAAAAACAUUUUGGUAGAAACAAAUCACAGACCUAUGAAUUAUGCGAACAACAGAGGAUCAAUGUUUUGAAAGAAAUAACAAAUGAAAUCAAAGAGAAAUCUUCUGAAACAUGUAUAAAUUGUAGUAUAUUUUGA